AAGCUUACUUUAAAGAACACCAAAUAAUUACAUUGAGAUUCAUUUCAAUUAUUGUCAUUAUAUAUACAUAUUUUAAAAUUAAAUAAAAGGUGCUGCCUUUUUACUUAUUUUAAUUUAAGAACUGAAGGCGCAGAAGGGGAAGAGUCAGUGUGUGGUUUUCUGGUCUCAUUCGAGCUGAUUUUUUAGAGACUUUUCAUCUAAUAACAGAUUUCAAAAACCCCAUUUGAAAGAUACAAUUUUUGUGUGUAUGUGUGUGUGUGUGUUUUGAGCUCUAAACUAGCUAUUAUUUUGUCGGAUUCGUCGAGGAAAAGGACAAGUUUUUAGGGUUUGGUUUUUUGGUUCGGAGGUUUUGAAUCUGUAGAGAAAUGGGGAGUAGAAAGGAGGAAGAACGCAACGAGAAGAUUAUUAGAGGUCUCAUGAAGCUGCCACCUAAUCGUCGCUGCAUCAACUGCAAUACCUUGGGUCCACAGUAUGUUUGCACUAAUUUCUGGACUUUCAUUUGUGUGACUUGUAGUGGGAUACAUCGUGAGUUCACUCAUCGUGUAAAGUCUGUGUCCAUGUCCAAGUUCACAUCCCAAGAAGUUGAAGCGCUUCAAAAUGGUGGCAAUCAGCGGGCAAGGGAAGUAUACUUGAGGGAUUGGGACCAACAAAUGCAGAGAUUGCCUGAUAACAGCAAUGUUGAUAAAGUGCGAGAAUUUAUAAAGACUGUAUAUGUUGAUAAAAAAUAUGCUGGCAGUAAGAACCAUGAAAAGCCUCCUAGGGAUUUGCAGAGGAUUAGAAGCCAUGAAGAUGAGACGAGGCGUGCUAGCUCUUAUCAUUCUUAUUCUCAAAGUCCUCCUUAUGACUUCCAAUAUGAAGAUCGACUUUAUGGAAAGCAAACUGCUGUUCUCACACGGAAACCUGGUUCAGAUCGAGGCCUUUAUGUCGGGAAGAUAUCUAGUUUUAUUUGUAGUCCUACUCGCCUGAAUGAAAGAAUGUUUGAGGACAGGUUUGCAAAUGAGGGCUCUGUUUCUAGGGUUUCAGACUAUUCUGCAUCUAGCGGGUGUGAUCAAAUUAGUAUGGAGUCCCCAAAUUUUCAGAAGGACAUAGGCCUUAACAGUCCACCUAUUCAGACUCCAAGGGUUAAUUCAGGUGAAAACACACAGCAUCAAAGAAUAGAUCUAUUUUCGGAGGAGAACCUUAAGAGAGAUGCAGAAGGGUUUCCACGUCAGCAGAGAACUGCAUCUUUAGGAAGCAUUGGAUCACUUGAUAGCAAUUCCUCAUCUCUCAGAUCAUUUAAUUCUGGUAAUCAACCAGAUGCUGUCCCCGAGCCUGAGCAGGCUACAGGAGAACAAGUUGAUAGAAUGCCUACUUUUCCACAGUUAUCAGCUUCUGAGAGUUGUGGUAGCUUGGACCAUUUUAAGGCACCUGCUGUUCCAGAAUCAGAUGCUUCUGCAUCUUCUCCAAUUGAUUUGUUUCAAAUGCCUGCAGCAUCACCAGCGUCCUCUAUCAAUUUGUUUGAGGAACCACUAAAUUCAUCUCCAUCUUUGAAUGCAUAUCAAACUGCCCAAACUUCUCUACCUUCAUCAAUUGAUCUCUUUGGUGGGAUUGCUCAGCAGCAGUCAGUUUCUAGCUUGGACCAAAAUUCACUGGAGCCGUCAGUCUCUAAAAAUGAAGGAUGGGCUACUUUUCAUACUCAACGUGCAGAAUCUACUGCAGGGAUUGGAAAUCUUAUGCCUUCAGUAAUACCUUCAAAUGCAGGUUCUUCAGCAAAGUUAGACCAGGUUUCCUCCUUAGACACAGGCAUGCAGUGGCCACCGUUGCAGAACUCUAUUGCCCACGGGUCAGUUCCUGGUCCAUGGAACGACAGUUUGCACAAUCUUCAAGCUUCCAGUAACACAAGUAGUGCUCAGACAUGGAAUGCUUUUGGCAAUUCUAUUAAUUCCUUUCCUUUAGAGGGCGCUAAUCAAGGUUGUCAACAACAAGUAGCAGCCCACGUGCCUUCAUCAGCUGCUGACCAAUACCUGGGGCUGAAGGCUUUGGAGGAGCCUAGUCAUGAUGGGAUCCAAAGAGCUACUCCAUAUGAAGGACUCCUCAAUCUGAAUGGACCAGUGAACAUUAUCCAGGAGCCAUCAUAUACUCCUUCAGAGAAUCCUUUGAUGGAAGCACCUCAAUCACAUGCAGUGAAUCAUAAAUCAACUAACCCAUUUGAUCUUCCAUUUGAUUCUGAUUUGGAGCCAGGCAACACGUUCUUGGACAUGAGCUCUUUCCACUCUGCUCUGCCUGAUGCUCACUUGCCAUCAGCCUUCCUUGGCAGUGUAACUGAACCAUGGUUUCCUCAAGAUCCAGUGACAACUUUUAUUCCAGCUGCACCACAAGGUGGCUUGGCAUAUAUGGCAGGACAAGCACCAAGGCCUCAAUUAGCGAAUGUUCAAGCACAAGGACCUGUUGCUUCUGUUGGAGGGAAUCCCUUUGCUUAAAAGUAGAAGAAUAAAUAUGGUUUUAUGAUUUGGGAUUCAUUCUGAGGACUAAUUGUAGUCAGUAGAACUUUGAGUUAUCACUAUUAUUUUGUUUAUUGUCAUUAUUUAUUUUUGUAUUAUUUAUGAAAAUAAAACCUCGUCACGUCCAACUCUGUGCUAGUUUUGUAAGGGCACAAAUUUUUUAGUGCAACGUUUCACUUUCAGGGCUUGUGUUUGUAUCAUAUUAUUACAACUGGUUGUAAUGAUAAAGAUGAAUCGUGGUGAUGUUCAAAUGCCUGAA